CGACAGCACGCGAUGGCGUCCGUCGCCGCAUGGCUGCCGUUCGCGCGCGCCGCUGCCAUCGGCUGGGUACCGAUAGCCACGCACCCGCUUCCUCCCCCACCCGUCCCCAAGGACCGAAGACGCGCCGAGGACGAGAAGCUCCUCAUCAAUGUAUCAGGACGACGUUUCGAAACAUGGAGGAAUACUCUCGAGAAAUAUCCGGACUCCCUUCUCGGAUCGUCAGAGAGGGAGUUCUUCUACGACGAGGACAGUCGAGAGUACUUCUUCGACAGAGAUCCAGAUAUAUUCAGGCAUAUACUCAAUUACUACAGGACUGGGAAGCUACAUUAUCCAAAACAUGAGUGUUUAACUGGCUACGAUGAGGAGCUCGCGUUCUUCGGUAUCCUGCCGGAUGUUAUUGGCGACUGUUGUUACGAGGAUUACAGGGAUAGGAAACGUGAAAAUGCGGAACGUUUGAUGGACGAUAAGCUCAGUGAGGCGGGAGACCAAAGCCUUCCCCAGCUAACAGACUUAAGGCAAAAGAUGUGGAGAGCCUUCGAAAACCCUCACACGUCGACGGCUGCUCUAGUAUUUUACUAUGUGACGGGUUUUUUCAUCGCUGUCUCAGUGAUGGCCAAUGUUGUAGAAACGGUUCCGUGCGGACACAGGCCCGGUCGAGCGGGCACCUUACCUUGUGGAGAGAGAUAUAAGAUAGUAUUCUUUUGCUUGGACACGGCCUGCGUGAUGAUAUUCACGGCCGAGUACCUGCUUCGACUUUUCGCUGCACCGGACCGUUGUAAAUUCGUGAGAUCUGUCAUGUCAAUUAUUGACGUGGUCGCGAUCCUGCCGUACUACAUCGGCUUGGGGAUCACAGACAACGACGACGUGUCGGGCGCGUUCGUGACCUUGAGAGUGUUUCGAGUGUUCCGUAUCUUCAAAUUCUCGCGGCACUCGCAGGGUCUUCGUAUUCUCGGUUACACGCUCAAGUCGUGUGCCAGCGAACUUGGAUUCUUAGUAUUCUCUCUGGCGAUGGCCAUUAUAAUCUUCGCCACUGUCAUGUUCUACGCUGAGAAGAACGAGCAAGACACGAACUUCACAUCCAUUCCUGCCGCCUUCUGGUACACCAUCGUGACCAUGACCACACUUGGAUACGGUGACAUGGUGCCCGGAACGAUCGCUGGUAAGAUCGUGGGUGGUGUUUGCUCUCUGUCCGGAGUGCUGGUGAUAGCUCUACCCGUCCCUGUCAUCGUGUCGAACUUCUCGAGAAUCUAUCAUCAGAACCAGAGAGCUGACAAGAGAAAGGCUCAGAGGAAAGCUCGUCUCGCUCGCAUUCGUAUUGCCAAGGCUUCGUCUGGCGCAGCAUUCGUGUCCAAGAAGAAAGCGGCGGAAGCACGUCUCGCUGCGCAGGAGUCCGGCGUGGAGUUAGAUGACGCUGGAAGAGAUGAAGAUAUAUUCGAGUUGCAGCAUCAUCAUCUGUUACGUUGCUUGGAACGUACUACGGAUCGUGAGUUCGUAGAAAUGGAGAACCCAUACAAUGGUGCAGCCAAGCGGCCGGGAUCGCCGUCGCCGCUCGCCUCGCCCGCGCACUCCGGCCGGGCCCCUGCACUCCUUGCGUGUUGCGCUCGAUGCGGAUGCUGCCCUCAGAAAUAUCAGGUCCUGCUUUUAGACUCGAGUAGGAAGCGAUCUCGCGGCGCUCGCAGGUACACGGCGACCUCCCGACCCUCGGAUACCUCAGUCUCAGCAGCCCCCAGUGAAGACCCCCUACCACAAGCGUGUGGUAAAUACAUUCCAGCGGGGAGCACGGUACAGGGUAAUCAGACCGGAGUGGCAAUGGACGGUACCUAUCUUGUCGAAGCAUCCUUCUAGGAUCCGACAACUAGCGCUCAUGUUGAGAGCUACGUGUGAAUAUGACUUUAUCAUGGUUUGUGUUUCCAUGGAUAUCCUGAAAGACUAUCGCGCAAAUCUGAUAGCAAUUACUAGAAUACGUGUAUUAUCUUGUUAAUUUUAACACGAUACUGCCUAAUGUUUAACAGAUAUCAUGUUGGUAUGUGUUAAUCUAAUGGAGACCUCAGACGGACGUGUUUCUAAAUCUCGUUCUAAUUAAUAUUUGAAGCAAAAAUACAUUCAUCCACAGAAGUUUUUGCAUGAUAUAUGUAUAUAUUUGUCACGAAUGAGAUUCUAGCUACCGUGACAUGAAUGAGCGACAUUAUUCAAAUUGUAUAAAACACCCCAUCGCUUCGCACACUGAUGAAUGGAUAAACGUCAAUUUAUAAUAAAUAGUUAGUUUCGAAUUUCAAGUAUAAAUAUGACAGUUUUGUGUAUGUUGAAUAACAAUAUAUCAAGGCUAGUGGACAGUGAAUUAGUGUGUGUCUGAAACGUAAGAUUAUAUAACAAUUUGAGCACACUACGAUCUACCUAUACCUGUGUGCCCCUCAGGUCUCCAUUAGAGUUUAAUAACUAUCCCAAUCGUGGUUUCUUUUAUUCGUAUACCUAGAUAUAAAACAGUAUUAAUAAGAUUUUUAAUGUUAAUAAAAUGUAUGAUUGGACCGAAUCUCGCCCCACGAGGUUUUAAGAUUUUCCGCUUCUGAAAAUCGUUAGUAAAAGACAAAAAUUAGUUUUUUGAAAUUUCAUUCUAGUCAAUAGUUGAAAUCAUAUCAAUAUUGGUAACAGAAAAUUAAUAUCUUAGCUAUUUCUGAACUUUUAUUUGAUCCACUAGGUCACUAGUGCCUUCGAUGACUCAUUAUACUAUAAACUAUAACUGUUACUCUGUGUUAGUGAACGAUAGAAAAUAGAUAUUCUUGUAUAAAAUAAUCAAUGGGGGCGUUUUAGGCACGUGGCACUGUAAUCGAUUCUGUAUUUCUUUCCCUAGUGAUUCCCAAUUAGACCCAAAUUGGGUCAAAAAAUAACUAGACGCAUAAUUGACCCAAAGGUCAAAUUCGGAAUAUCUUCAUCAUCAUAACCAUCAAUGUUAAUUUUGUUGUAUAUAAUCUAUAAAUAUUUUAACAGAACUGAAAUAUAUACAAUAAAAGAUAUAUAAGUAUGUCUGUUUCCGUUUACUUAAAAUACAGAUUGCAUACAACAUAAUUACACUUGUGUCUGUUAAUUUAAGUAUUAAUGCGAUAUCAUAGCCUGUGCUACGUGUCUAGUACAUUGCGGAGUAUCGUCAACUAUUUUCAAUUUAUGACUGGUUGAAUCGCGCAAUGAAUUUUAAACAAUGAAAUUUUACGAUUGGUUUAAAAUUUAUACCCCUAUACUAGUUGAUGUCUUAUGAUUGCUAUAGGUAAAGUGUUAUGUAUAGAUACGUGAAUUUAUGUGGUUAAAAAUAGAUAUUUAUUUGAAGAUAAAUGUUAAUAUGUAGAUAUAAGGUAUAAUUAUUAAGUGUGUAUUGCAUUGAAUGCAUGUUUUAAUGUUCGGACGUUGAGAGAAGUGAGUUCCUGACAGAUCCGUGAUCGAAUUGACGGUGUAACUUUGUAGCGACGAUGAAUUUAACAUAAAAAUAUAAUUCUCAGUUAUUUACCUUACUAACGAAUAGUAUCAUUGUGUGAUCAAUAAUUAUCAUAAUUUUACGUUAAAUUAAAUCUAAAGGGUUAUCUCAACAGCUUUUUUUUUGUAGUUAGUGACACUGACAUUGACGUCAGUAACGCAUUCCUUCAGCGGCCGGACUUUAGUGAAGAAAUUUUUCGCAGAUAAUAAUUGUGCAUGAAUCGUAAUUGACAGAUUUAUAUUAAAAACAUUGAAUGGAUCAUUACUAGUUUAAUAAAUCGAAUAUGAAUUAACCGUUGAUCUGUGCGAAACUUGAAUAUAUUGUAGUAAAUUGUAUAAGCCGAAUUCGAUGUUUAAAUGUCUCUUCCAAAAGUAUUGCCACCUUUUUCUAUUAAAAUUUAAUGAAUAAAAUUUGGUAGACUUAAAUGUUAAUGUUUAAGAGUCGGUUAAUAGACAUUGAAAUUUUCGUAAAUUAAAAA